UCCCGCCCUCCAGUUCUGUGUCCCAGUUAUCUAACCGUAGCCAUGACCGGGCGCGGGACUCCGAGCCGCUUUCUGACCAGCGUCCUCCAUAAUGGGCUAGGUCGCUACGUGCAGCAGCUGCAGCGCCUUAGCCUCAGCCUCAGCCGGGAUUCGCCCUCGUCCCGCGGCGCCAGGGAGUUCGUGGAACGUGAAGUGACCGACUUCGCCCGACGGAACCCAGGAGUCGUAAUAUACGUGAACCCGCGCCCGUGCGCCGUGCCACGAAUAGUAGCCGAAUACCUUAACGGGGCUGUACGCGAGGAAAACGUCAACAGCAAGUCGGUGGAGGAGAUCACGUCGCUGGUGCAGAAGCUGGCAGACCAAUCCGGCUUGGAUGUGAUCCGCAUCCGAAAGCCCUUCCAUACGGACAACCCUAGCAUCCAGGGCCAGUGGCACCCCUUCACCAACAAACGGACUGCCCUCCACGGGCUGCGACCCAGAGAACUCCAGGAUUCUGCUCCAGCUUCCAUACAAGCACAGUAGAGAACCAGGCUUUGGACAAUGAAAGUGAUAGGAUUGGUUCCUCUUUCGGAUUUCAAACGCAGGCCAAGUAGGUGGAGCCUACCAGCGAGGGUAUAGCCCCGGAUAAAGAGCUUUUUCCAUUGCCCACUUGUAGCUAGGGACUGCUACCUUGUGAAUACCCCAAUUCUGAUUCAGUUGGCCUCCUUGUAAACUGAGAUUUGAGAAGUGUACAACACUUCCAAAUGUUAUACAAGGAGCUGGUUUUCUGAAAUGUAAAUAAUAAUGACUUCAAAACACAGCAAAGAGUCUGAGGGCUGACUUCUGAAGGACCCGGGAUAUCCUGUUCUUGCAGUGGUAUGGCACUGGGCAAGGCAUCUUAUAUCCCUGUUUAUGUGCAGUUUAGGAGACGAAGUCGAAUCUGGUGUUGGUGCAUGCCUUUAAUCCCAGCAUUUGGUUGGCAGAGGCAGGUAAAUCUCUGAGUUUAAGGCCACCUUGGUCUACAGAAUGAGUUCCAAGACAACCAGCUCUCCAAAGAAAAACUAGAAAGAAAACUGAAGUUAUUAAACUUACUAAAGCCGUAUUUGAAGAUUA